AUGGCGUCCGAGCACAAGAACAGGCAGGAGGUGAAGUGCCUCCACUGCCCGAAGACCUUCGUCUUCAGGAGCAUGAUGAUGACCCACCUGCGGGACACGCACCUCAAAGUGCGCAACCACGUGUGCGGCGUGUGCGGCUGGAGGGCGUUCAACAGCAACCGACUGAAGAACCACAUGUAUAAGCACAGCGGCGAGAAGAACUUCAAGUGCGACGCGUGCGACAAGGCGUUCACAACGAAGAAGAUCAUGAGGGCGCACUACGCCAGGAUGCACAAGGCGCAGCAGCAGAUGCCGUAUGAGAAUCCCUACGGCUCCCAG